AUGACAAUUGCAACCUCGACAUAUUUUACCAUCGCGACACGGAAAGUUGUCCAGACAAUCGCAGAGAAAUGUCAGGUACUGGAAAAAAUGCUAAACAUCUCACGUGAAAAGCUCCAAAGCGCACAGAAAAUCGCACAAGACUCGGUGUUUACGCAUACACCGCUUCUACACGAGAUGAAUUGCGUGUUUGAACAACUCCAGAGCAGUUCAGUGGAUCCAAAUAUGGUGGGCGGUGAACAAGGCAAGACACUGUUUGACUUUGUAGAUGCCGAGACGGUUCAAUCACUACAACAGGAUGCUUUAGAACAGACAAAAGAGGUGGAAGAUUUGCUGGUGGCACAUCAACAUGCUAUCACGAGAAUAGCAGCAAUAUAUGAGUUUUUCCGGAUGUUUGAUAGAACUCAUGGACACGAUGUUGAUGAGCUGGUUGGAGAACAUCGAGACAUUACUUUGAUCACAGAUGACGAAGUUAAACCAAUUGAAAAGCUUUACGAUGCAGCUGUCAGCUUUUUUGUUGACAUGGAGCAGUGCGACCGGUUCUUGCUACAGUACUUCACCACUAUCAAUGAUAUCUAUCCUCACUACGAAUUAAUCUUUGCAGAUGUGCAGCUUCUGUUCGAUGAGCUGCGUAGCCUUCGGGACUUUUAUCUCCAAUUUUUGGCGUCGUACCAGUCUGUUGAAACGGAGUUGCUUCGACGUAAGCAGUAUGACUUAAAAGUUUGCCAAUUUAUCGAAGAGACGAAAGUUAAGCUUGCAGAUCUAGUGCAAGAAGAAGUCACCAUGCGAAGCGCAUUUUGCGAGGAGCACGCACGCUUCUUGCCAUCCACGCUGUGCCCGGAAAUUCAGAAUUUGCCUGACAAAUUUGUUGUCGUUCGUGAAGUCGAUCGAGAAAUACCGUAG